AUGUAUAAAAUAAGAAAUCCAACAAUAAGUAUUGCAGAUGACAUAGAUAUCAAAAUAUGUGACCAGAACACAUCAACAAAAAAUAUGGUAGAUCUAGAAGAAAGACAAAAGGAUUUGUUAAAAAAACUAGAUAACCUAUAUGACAAGAUAAAAACAAUAAGCUUGUCUUGUAAACUAGAAAAAAAUACUGAAUAUACUUUACAGCCUAUAACUGGUAAAGUUAAGGAUUUAGAUGAAGUUGUUAUUGUAUUAUGCCCAGACUAUUUACCAUGGUUUUUAAAAGUUCUCUUGAAAUCAAACCCAAACCUUAAUUUUACUUGGCACUUUCAUUCUUCUAUACCUUCCUCAAAGGUGCACAAAAUACAAGCUUUCAUGGAUAAUAUCAUACAAUCUGGUAAUCAGAAAUCUAACAAAAUUAAUUUAAGAAUAAUAUUUAAAAAUGCAACUUCAGAACUGAGAAUUUCUUCACUGGAUUUGCCUAUAAUUGGAAAUGUUAAUAUAAUAAGAUUUCUUUGUGAACAAUAUCCUAAUGUAGCUGCAUACAACUAUGAUGACUUUGUUCUUGAGAAUAUCCUAGAUACAUGUUAUACACUUGAGAAGUCAUCAGAGGUGCAAAAGCAAGCGUUGUGCAAGAAAAUCUUUAAAAAUAAUAGUCAAUGGAUUUAUAACAAUCAAUUUACCAUUGUAGAUCUUGUAUUGUAUAAUGAAAUUAUGCAGUGGAAAAAUUAUAAGAAAAUCAUACCUCAAGAGUGGGUUCUUAUGUGUGAAAAAAAUAUCGCUCAGUAA